CUUUUCUCAUCACGGCCGUUUUCCGGCCUAAUUGAAACGUCUGCGCGCGCAGGAGCUGCGCAGGUGUUCCGCGGCCGUAAUUAAACGAAAACAACCCCCCGGCGCCCACGAGGGCAAACUACCCGCUGCUGUGAAACCCGUCCAUCACUACCCGGAGGCAGCAGCUAUUAAAACGAGCCAUGAACGGCAGUGGACCAGCGUACCCCCUCGCCUCGCUGUAUGUAGGCGACCUGCACCCCGACGUCACGGAGGCCAUGCUCUACCAGAAGUUUUCUCCUGCCGGACCAAUCAUGUCGAUCCGUGUUUGCCGGGAUAUCAUCACCCGCAGAUCUCUGGGAUAUGCCUACAUCAACUUCCAGCAACCGGCUGAUGCGGAGUGCGCCCUGGAUACAAUGAACUACGACGUUAUCAAGGGUCGGCCGAUCCGUAUAAUGUGGUCUCAGCGGGACCCGGGACUCAGGAAGUCCGGUGUGGGAAACAUCUUUAUCAAGAACAUGGACGAGUCCAUUGACAACAAGGCGCUGUACGACACCUUCUCGGCCUUUGGCAAUAUUUUGUCCUGCAAGGUUGUUUGUGACGAGAAAGGGUCCAAAGGCUACGGAUUCGUUCACUUUGAGACCCACGAGGCUGCAAACCGAGCCAUCGACACCAUGAACGGGAUGCUGCUCAAUGAUAGGAAAGUUCAAAAGACAGGAAAUCAUUUGGAAUCUGGCAUUGUCAACCCAAAGGCCCGUUCUCUGGGGGAAACAUGUCAGUUGUCCCUGCGUAGUUUUGUCGGCCACUUUAAGUCGCGUAAGGAGAGGGAGAUGGAGUUCGGCUCCAAAGCUAUGAAGUUCACCAACGUCUACAUUAAAAACUUUGGUGAAGACUACACGGACGAGAAGCUCAAGGAACUCUUUACUGCAUUUGGAAGGACUCUCAGUGUGCGCGUGAUGAAGGACGAGAGGGGCCGAUCACGAGGGUUUGGCUUCGUAAACUACGCCGACCACGAGGAUGCUCAGAAGGCCGUGGACGAGAUGAACGGAAAGGAUCUCAACGGGAAAGUCCUCUACGUGGGUCGAGCUCAGAAGCGCCUGGAGCGACAGGGCGAACUCAAGCGCAAGUUUGACCAGAUCAAACAGGAUCGCAUCCAGCGCUAUCAGGGGGUGAAUCUCUACGUGAAGAACUUGGACGACGGCAUCGAUGACGAGCGCCUCCGGAAGGAGUUCGCCCCCUACGGGACCAUCACCAGCGCCAAGGUCAUGACCGACGGCUCCCAGAGCAAAGGCUUCGGCUUCGUCUGCUUCUCUUCGCCGGAGGAGGCCACCAAGGCGGUGACUGAGAUGAACGGGAGGAUCGUGGCCACCAAGCCGCUGUACGUGGCGCUGGCUCAGCGGAGGGAGGAGCGCAAGGCCAUCCUCACCAACAAGUACAUGCAGAGGCUGGCCUCCCUGAGGACCAUGACGAGUCCCGUCAUCGACUCGUACCAGCAGGCCGGCUACUACAUGACGGUGCCUCAGCCUCCGACCCGCUCCUUCUACAACCAGAACGCCGUCAGCAACAUGAGGCCGGUGCCGCGCUGGACCGGACAGCCCCCCCGGAUGCAGGGUCCCUACUCGGCGCAGUUCGUCGGCCCGGCCGCCCCCCGCCGCGGGUCGACCCCCAUCGCCACGGUGCGACAGGCCUCCACCCAGGCGCCGCGCAUCCUCAGCUCCUCCCAGAAGACGAGUAACAUCGGCACCCAGACCGGGGGAGGACGCGGCGACGCGUCCAGAGGGGGUCAGUACAAGUACUCGCCGGCGGUGAGGAACGUCCAGCAGGUCGUUAGUCUGCCCGCCCCCAUGACCAGAAUACAGGUCCAGCUUUCUGCUCCUCAGGUCUACCCCGCUCCCGUGAUGGAGCCCCCCGUGCACCUGCAGGCCCACGUGCACCUGCAGGCCCACGAGCCGCUCACCACCUCCAUGCUGGCCGCCGCUCCGCCCAUGGAUCAGAAACAGCUCCUCGGGGAGCGAUUGUACCCAGUGAUCCAUUCCCUUCAUCCCAACCUGGCCGGGAAAAUCACCGGCAUGCUGCUAGAGAUCGACAACUCGGAGCUGCUGCACAUGCUGGAGACUCCAGAGUCCCUGCACUCUAAGGUGGACGAGGCGAUCGCCGUGUUGCAGGCUCACCAGGCCAAGGAUUGCUCUCACUAGUGAAGAGUCCUUUCAGAUGUCAUCGACUUUCUGGAAGAAGAAAAAAUGAGAAAUUUUGAAUAAGGAAAUGUGAAAGAUUUAAAACUAUUUUGUUGCAAAUACCUUUUUGUUAGAAGUAAAAGUUCACAGUAUAUGCAUUAAA